CACCUCGGCGGUCGGUGUCUCCCGCGCAGCGAACAUGGAGGCAUUGCUGAAGCGGGAGUUGGGCUGCAGCUCCGUGAAGGCCACGGGUCAUUCUGGGGGCGGGUGCAUUAGCCAGGGCCAGAGUUACGACACGGACAAAGGACGAGUGUUUGUGAAAGUGAACCCGAAGGCCGAGGCUAAAAGAAUGUUUGAAGGUGAGAUGGCAAGUUUAACUGCCAUCCUGAAAACAGGCACAGUGAAAGUGCCCAAGCCCAUCAAGGUUCUAGAUGCUCCUGGAGGAGGCAGCAUGCUGGUGAUGGAGCAUGUGGACAUGAGAUAUCUGAGCAGUCAUGCUGCGAAGCUUGGAAGCCAGUUGGCAGAUAUGCAUCUAGAGAACAAGAAACUUGGAGACACACUCCAUAAGGAGGCCAGCACAGUAGGAAAAGGUGGGCAGAUAGACAGACCCUUUGUGAACCAGUUUGGGUUUGAUGUUGUGACGUGCUGUGGAUAUCUCCCCCAGGUCAAUGACUGGCAGGAGGAUUGGGUAGCAUUCUAUGCCCAGCAGCGUAUUCAGCCCCAGAUGGACAUGGUGGAGAAGGGGUCUGGGGACAGGGAGGCCCUAGAACUCUGGGCUGCUCUACAGUUAAAGAUCCCUGAUCUGUUCCGUGAUCUGGACAUUGUCCCAGCUCUGCUCCAUGGCGACCUAUGGGGAGGAAACGUGGCGGAAGAUUCCUCUGGGCCCAUCAUCUUUGAUCCGGCUUCUUUCUAUGGCCACUCAGAGUAUGAACUGGCAAUAGCCGGCAUGUUUGGGGGGUUUAGUAGCACUUUCUACUCUGCCUACCACAGCAGGAUUCCCAAGUCCCCCGGAUUUGAGAAGCGCCUUCAGUUGUAUCAGCUCUUUCACUACUUGAACCACUGGAAUCACUUUGGGUCAGGGUAUCGAGGUUCCUCCCUCAACACUAUGAGAAAUCUUCUCAAAUGAAUGUGUGCUUCCUGUGGGAGGGAGACUCCUGGGUUCAGGAGUUCCUUUAUGCAGCCGGGAUACAUCAAGUUGUACAUUUUCUUAGACUUCAUGGCGGAUAAAAACAGUGGAGGGACUGAAGCCAUAGUACAGUGGGCAGUUCCUCAGGAGGAAAUCCUGAGCACCACUGGGUGUGACCUAAAACAAAACAACAAAAGCCACACUAGAGAGGCCAGAGAGAUAGUACAGAAUAAAGCACUUGCUUUACAUGAAUCCAGUCCCAGUCUGAUCCCUGGCACCAGAAAUGGUCUCCCAAGCACUACCCAGGGUCACUCCCGAGUACAGAGCUAGGAAUAGCCAGGAAUAGCUCCUGAACACCACUGGUCUGGUCCAAAGCCCACCCCCAGCCCUCACCCUCACCCUUCGGGGGUGGAAAAAAAAAAAAGACUAGAAAUGUGAUGUGAGUAGAGGGACCUAUGAGAGUGGUGUGCAUCAAAUCUGCUGCCAUCCUGAAGCAGACAGGGAACCACAAGGCUGCCAGACACUGACCAGGCAAAGACCCUUUCCUGCAAGCAACUGAUAUUUGAGAUGAUGCAUCUUGAAGGGUAAGUCUUAGGCUAAGCAAUAAAUUAACUUAGCCCAAAUGUCCAAUUCCAAAAUUGAGCACAUUCCCUUUAUUUUCUUAGUUACCUCUGCCUCAGCUUGAGUGAGCAGGCCUGGAAACUGGUUCUGUGGAUGGCCAAACUGCUCCCUUGGGGUGUCCACUGUAUACUGGGGCCACUGACUUGCUCCUGUGAGCACCUGUGUUCUCUGUCAUUUUCUAAGCCUUGUCUAGUAUUUCUUUUACUAGAAAAUAUUUAAGACAAAUACUACUUCAUUGUUUUUUUCUCCUUCAGUUUUGCAUUAAUGAGAAAUAUUCAUAAAUGACGUUAAGGCUAAUAAACUUCAUAUGUGAAUAAAUUUUCUGUGAUUUCAGUGAUGUAGGAGA